CCCCAACAGAAUAUCAAAGUCUGACUUCAUCUCAAGUACCGCAGCUGUGGAAGUCAGGGGAGGCGCAGCAGGACCGUGAUCAUGCGUCUGAGCCGCUCGCUAAUCUGUCAGCUGCACAGAAUUUCUGGAAUCUGAGAACAAUGUCUGCAGCAAGGAGUGGAGGAGUUAAGAGGAGUGAGAUGACAUGCAGGGGAGGGAACACGAGGAGCCACAGCUUCCGAGAGCUCACUGUACAAGUGAUACUGGAGCCUGAGAGAUAAUCUGUACUGGCCAGGAGGCUUUGUCACUGAGGAGCAACGUGAAUCCAACAAGAGAGCGACAUCAGGAUAUCGGAAUUCUGGGCUGCCCUUGCCAACUUGGAAACAGUGUGAUUUCUUUCUGGCCAGAAGGAUGAAUUAAGUGAUCUCUUUAACUAGAUUUAAGAAUGACAUGAGCUGGGAUGAUUAUUUUGUCUUCCCACAACUGUAGUCACUAGUAAGAACUUUAAUAGGUAACACCCCCCCCCCCCCUCCCCCCCCCCCAGACUCUCCAGACUGCAGUUAUGUCAAAAUCUCAGCAGCAGAGCCUUGAUGAGGACGCUGUGUUCCUGGAGGUCAGUGAGACUUCUCCAGAGUUCCUCCACUGUGAGAAGGAGCGUCAAGCGGUGGAGAGACUCCUGAGCGCAGGACCGGAGGCGUUCUACAGCUCCAUCGGCACGGGGCGCUCCGGCUGUUUCUUGUCACCGGCGGAGGUCAGCCAGAUCACCAGCUGGGCUCAGGACUAUCACUUUAACCAGGUACAGAGGGAGCAGGAUGGAGUGGAGGGCAGCUCAGAGAUGGAGGACUUGUGUUCCACCUACUUCCCUUGCACCUCAGAAACACCGGCCCCUAACCUUGACCUGGGCUGGCCCGAAAAAGGCCCCUGGUUUACAAUGGGAAGCGUUACAGUGCACACCAAUCCUCCUGCGGAGGGAGAACCUCCCGUCAGAGAGAUAAUCCGACGGCACUUGCAAAAGGCCACCCAGGUAAUUGCCAUAGUGACAGACAGAUUGACAGAUGGUGCAAUAAUUGGCGAUUUACACAAUGCCGCCUCGCGGGACGUCGCCGUCUACAUCAUCCUGAAUCAAAGAUCCAUUCAGGAGAAUUUCACGAUCAACAGGCUCAGGCAUCCGAACAUACGGGUCCGUGUUCUUGGAGGGAAAACCUUCUGUUCGAGGAUGGGAAGGACGGUGGUUGGGGAAAUGAAAGACAAGUUCCUUCUGGUGGAUUUAGAGACGGUGAUUCAUGGCAGCUACAGCCUCACGUGGACGGACGCUCACCUGCACCGGCAGCUGGUCACCGUGCUAAGCGGCCCGGCCGUCGACUCAUUUGACAGGGAGUUCAGGAUCCUUUUCGCUGCUUCGCUCCCAGUAGCAGUUACAUCGAGGGUUCUAGAUACUCAUGUCGAUGCGACUCAAAAGCUAAAAGACUUCUCAAAUCUCCGUUUGCAAAAACCAUUCUCUUUGGAGCCCGAGAUUUUCAACCCUCCAUCUCCACCUGCGGAUUCCCUCCUUGACUGGGAGACCAUGGGUGUUGUCCAGAGAGAAUGCUGUUUUCAGGAGAGUCAUCUCGAUCGACAUGAGGAAAUACCCCCGAAGAAUAAUAUGCUUUUUGAAAAAAACACACCCAUAAUGGAUCGCUUUACCAACAUUGAAAACCAGUUUGUGGAUAAGAAAAGGAUAUGUCGAAACACCUCUCCAGUGACAAACCAUGUGCCAGAUAAAUCAACAACUUUCAACAGCACAAAGGCCUCCCCCACAGACCUAACUCCAGAAAGAAUGAAGAGGGUGGAACGCAUCGUAGAGAAAAACAUUUCCAUGCAACUCUCCAUGCAGAAGAGAACCAAUUUAGAUGACAGAACAAAAACGAGACUCGGCGACAAAACAGUAGAACCGACGCACAGUAUGGUCAUACUGUCGUCUGACAGGAGAAGACAGCGAUCCAGGAGGGAGUCCGUUGUGGAGGAGGAGAGCAGCACGGAUGAGACUAGCUCCCAAGUGGAGAACAGGCCGUCUUCUAGAAAACCCAUAAUCCUGAGGGUGCCACAGUCGGAGAGUUUCAGCUCUCUGAGUGACAUCAUGAAGAGGAUUCAGCCUCAGCAAAGCACAUCGCAAGUGUUCAAGAAAGGUUCGAACGCGGCCGCGUCAGAAAUGAGCCAAUCCAUGAUGGACCUGAGCAUACACAAAAGGGACGCCAACCAAGAUGGGAGAGAAGUGCCAAGGUUUAAGGCCAGUUGCUUUGACCCAAGUUAUAUGACACCGGCUUUUGCUCUGAUGAAGAAGAGGAACGACAACUUGAAAUCGGCACUGUACAGAACUCCACAAAACGUUAUGCCCAGAGAGAGGCCUCGCAGCUCCAGUUACACUCUCAACUUGGACUGGAGGAGGUCGCUGACAGAGAGGGAGGGAGAACAAGAAUGAGCAGCGAGGACCAAAAAUACAUGAGCGAAAACUUCUGUAACAACAUCGUCUGUCACUGACAACAAGCAGCGGAUGGUUGUGACCUUUUUUGCAGUGUUAAUUACCCCAAAUUUGCCACACUGUUGCUAAGCAGGAUGUAUUACAGUUCUAUCUUUUGAUGUGAUGUCAGACUGAAUCUGAUUUUAAAAUGCUUCAGUGCAUCUGAUGCAGUGCUGUUCUGUAGUUUGAUGAAAAAAACGGUUUUGUUCUUGCUGCUCACAAUGACAAUAGCUGGGUGUCACGUCAAGUCAAUUGUGUUUGUGCAACCAAGAGGAAAAUAUGGAAGGAACGUUUGAUUUAUAUCUUUGAUGAUUUGAUUUGAUUAAACGUUCAGCAAAUUGGAACAGAGGUAAGUUUCUGUUGAAGGAAUCAAGGUUGGACCCUAGAAAACUAAAAACAAUUGAUGAGUCAGCGAUAGAUUAUUGGGGUUUUGUAGAAAAAUAUGGGAUAAGACAUUCAAGGUGGCGAUUAUCACAGAAUACAAAGGCCUGCUGAAGUUGGAAGCUAUUUUUAUUUUUUGGUCGGAGAUAAACGUUUAUGUAACACAUCCAACCCUCAUAAGAGGUUGAGAAGUGAUUUAUUUAGGUGACAAUUUUUGUCGUGCCACCAGUGGGUUAGAGUUCUAUGAAACAUCUAUGGGACAAGUUCAAAGACUGACACAAAACGUUGUAAAGACAAGUGUACCUGGCUUUUGACUUCAUGUGCCACCCUGAGGUUGACAUGACAUUUCUUAACAACUCUAAAUAACUAAUUAUUAUGCAGCUUUAAAUGGAAUGAAUUACAAACCCACUUCAAACUGAACAACCUCAUUUCACUAGUAGAAUUCAAACAGUUAAUAUUAGAACACUUCACUGAAUCUUGCAACUUAGCCAUAGUUUUCCAUUCUUGUAUUUUUGUAUUUUUGUGUACUCUUGCUGUCUGUAAUUUGUGUUGUCUUUUGUUGGUGUAAAUGUAAAAUUGUUCUCAGGCUUCUCUUGAAAUGGAGAUUUUUUUUAUCUGAGUGACUUUGCCUGAUUAAAUAAAGAUGUUACUAUGUUACUAUCCCCAA